AGAGCUUGUACGAUAACGGGCGUUAAAACGGGUAACAAGAAAAAUAUCAAAAACAAGUGCAACAUGAGCCCUUAACUAAAACAAAUUUGGUAUUUAACACAAAAUAAAUGUGUAAAAUUGUUAAAAAAAAAAUUGUUUAAAUCUCGCGGUUUUCAGUUUAAAUUAUACUUGUUAAGCUGAAGUAAUAAAUAAGAAAAAAAUAAACAAAACAAACGUGUAAACUUCCUAGUUACGAAACGAAAUAUAUAAUAUAUAUUUAUACAAAAGAAAUCAUCAAUAAAUUAAAGUCUAGUGAAAAUUAGAUUUAACAAGAAAACAAAAAUUAUAUAAAACAAAAUUGUUUAGAGAAUAUCGAACGCCAAACAAAAUAAGUUCACAAAAAACAAAAAAAAUAAAAUAUAGAAAAUAAUUCACGAAAAUGUUAACAACAAGUAAACGUAGAAAAUCUCCGACAGCGGCAACCACAGCAUCAUCUUCAUCAUGGUUUAUGGUUGCCUUAAUUUGUGGUACACUUUUAUGUGGUGGCAUUCAAACUCAAGCAGCACCAGCCAACAACGAUGAUGCAAAUAAUAAUAAUAACAACACUACUAAUAAUAAUAAUGUUACAAAUGAUGUUGUUACUGAUGGAUCACAAUCAUCAUCAUCAUCGGCAGCUACAGCUACAGUAACAACAACAGAAUUUGUAGCAAUAACAGCAACACCACCACCACCAGCAUUAAAUGAAGUUACGAUGAUGCCAGCAACAUUGCAAAACAUUAGCAACGAAAGCAACAAUAACACCAACGCUCUCAGUGAUGAUGCUGUCAGCUCCAACACCAAUACAGAGCCCAGCAUCAAUAGACUGGAUGAUGUUAUAGACAUGGAUGUGGAGGCUAAAAUGUUAGAAAUAACAACAACAACAACACCAGCCACAGCAUCAGUUACAACAAUACCAACUGAAAUGAAUAAUGAUAGUUCAAUGACUUUUAUGUCUUCCACUACUACUUCAACAACAACAACAACAGACUCUGCUGCUGCAGCCGCGGCCCCAAUAAUAACAACAAAUCCAUCUACUUCUCUAGAUGAAUUAUCAUCUUCAUCCUCAUCAUCUUCUUCUACUAGCCCAACCACCGCUUCAAAUUCAUUGCUCUCAAAUACUGAUGCCUCAUCUACAAUGGACACCACAAUUGCACCACCACACAUGAUGGCAAUGGAAACCACAAUGCCACCGGAUUUCAAGACAGAAGAUUCAUCAACCUCAACUAGCACAACGAGUACAACGGAAACAAAUAAAUUAAUUGAAACAACAAAUGAAGGAGAAACUUCAUUGCCAAUGACAACAAUUGAACCGAUUAUGACAACAGAGCCCACAACAACACCUACGAUAAUCAAUGAGCAACAACACCACAACACCAUGAUGAUGAUGAAUGAAAUGAUGACGAAUGAACACAGUAUGCAUGAACAUAAACCACAAGAAGAAGAAGAACAUGUUCAUCAUCAUGUUGUAAAUGAAGAGGAUCAUAUACAAAGGAUUAAUGAGCAUCAUGAUCAUGAACAUAAUAAUUCUGAACAUGAGCAACACAAUCAUGAUCAACAUGAUCAUAAUAAACAUAAUCAUCAUCACCUGUUGAUAUCCACAACAACGACAGAGAAAUUCAAUGAAAUUGAACCUCUAACUGAAGAGCACAUCAAUCAAAUUUCCGCCGAAGUUGAAGACGAUGUUAAAGACUUGAAUAAUUUUAGACAUCCCGCCACCCUAAUCACCGCUAGUCAAAGUGAGGAAUCACUUAAUAGAGAAAAAGACAUUUCCAAGACAUUGGAAGAGCAUGAAGAUCCCUAUCAUGCGCAUAUAUUGUCGGAGAAUCAUGAUCGUUUGGCCGAACAUGAAGACUAUCAUAUGCUAUCCAGCACUGAAGAUUCCAUGGAUACAAUGACUACGACAACGACAACACCAAAACCUAUUGAAAAUACUCAAACCGAUGAAAUGGUUAUUACAAAUGAAAAUGAAGACACUGCCAAACCUACGCUUUUUAAUGGCAUUGGACUAAUGCACAAUGAAACCACGGAGGGAAGGGCUAGAGCCAUCAACAUGAAUGACGAUGACGACGAAGAAGGAAAUAUCUUAACUACAUCAACGACAUCAGCCACACCUGUGGGACCCGUAAUUAGCAUUACUGAAGGACAUCAUAUGCAUGAGCAUGACGACGACCACCAGCACCCACAUGAACACAGCACACAUGAUCACACCACACAUGAUCAUGAUCAUGCCCAUACGAAUGUUGAUACUAUUGAACAUGUUGAACAGCACAUGACCUCUUCUACCACAGAAAAGUCUCAUGAUAUGCCAGCUGUUUAUGUUUUUAAUGGUGAGGGUCGCUCCGUUGACUCCUCCAUAUCAGCCGAAGAUGACGAUAACUUGAAUUAUCAUUAUAAUUUUGUGACAACUCAACGAGCCAACGACGAUCAUGAGCAUAAAAAUUCCGCUUUCAAAGACUUGAGCGAUGUCAGCAUGGAUGAAGACGAAGAGGCACAAUUACACAAAACACACAAACAUUUACAUGAACACAAUGGCCAUCAGCAUGAUCACUUUGCUAUACAUGAAAAUACCAAAGAAGAGAUGACCACAACAAGUAUGCCUAAUACUAAUGCCACCACCAGCAAUACAACUUCGGGAGUUGAUGCUGUGGAGCCAAAGAUGAAAAUAACUGAAAUAACAGCAGCCGGUGAUACAAUGCAUCGUGAAUGCAUGGCAGAUGGCAAAAGUUAUACGAAUGGUGAAAAUAUGGAACGUGGCUGUGAUGAACGCUGUACUUGUAAUCGUGGGGAAUGGAUUUGUUCGCCCCGCUGUAUGGGUAAAACAUUUAAACGUGGCUCCAUGCAAAUGACUUUGGAAAAUGAGCAGACAAAUUGUCGUGAAAUUGCCGUAGAAGAUGAUGAGUGCUGCGGCAUGAUGGAAUGUGUCACAGCCGAGGAGGCAUAUUUGCCUACACAAUCAACAGCUGAAUCAAUGAAUGCUUCAACACAUAAAACACGCCUUGAUUGUCAUUAUAAUGGUGGUAUUUAUAAAUUCCGUGAACGUUUGGAAAUCGACUGUGAACAGAUUUGUCACUGUGACGAGGGAGGCAUAAUGAACUGCAGACCCAGAUGUCCCGAACGCAAUCAUACACGCCAGGACAAGUGUGUGUUCGUUAAGGAUCCCAAAGAUGUGUGUUGUCAGUUGGAGUUAUGUGAUGUUACCUUGGAUGAUCAUGAACAAACACCUUCCCCACCCACGGCCCACAAUUCCAUAGGAGAUGAUGGUUAUGGUUUCCAAGAGGGUCGUGAUGUUGAUGGCGCUGUUUCGGAUGCUAUUUGUGAAUAUAAGGGUCAAAUGUAUUCAGAUGGCAAACAAUUCCAUGAUGGUUGUGAACAACUGUGCAUUUGCACACGAGAGGGUGUUCACUGUGCUAAACUGCAGUGUCCCUCCUCCUUUGGCCUGGAUGUCUUGAAUCCCCACUGUUUGAAAUGGGAGCCAGAACCGGCUAAUUUCAAACCAGAAGCCCCCAACUGUUGUCCCGACAGCAUGCGUUGCAUGGACAAUGGUACUUGCACCUACAGUGGCCAAGAAUUUGAAAACUGGUCACAAAUACCCACUAAUCUUACAGGCUGUGAACAACAUUGUUAUUGCGAAAAUGGCAAAGUAGAAUGCCGUCCAGCUUGUCCUCCUGUUUUGGCUCUACCGCCUGCCGAUUUGGGCUGUCACAUCUCACAGGCCCGCCUGGUACCCAUACCCGAUGAUGAAUGCUGCAAGCACUGGUCUUGUACUGCAUUCGAAACCGGUCAUCCCUACAAUGGCCAAGACAACGAAAGCAAAGAGAAGACUGAAGAGGAGGAGGAAGAAAUAUCGGCUGAACACCAGGGCCAUAAUGCUUCAACAACGGAGCAUACUGGCAAAAAAGAAGUUCUUAAUGUUGUGACCAACAAGCAGGCAGACAAAAAGUCAGAAAAUGCUUUCUAUCCCACGGUAGAUGGUAAACCACCCAAGGGAGGUCAAGCUCCUUACAGUUUUGAUUACAAACCAGAGAAACCCGAAAAACAUGAAAAACCCGAGAAGCAUGAUAAACAUGUUAAGAAACCUGUGAUUAAACCCCAACAAAAUGAUGUCAAAUACGAUGUGCAUGAGCCCCAAGAAGAAGAUUUGCCCAUACAUCAUCCUGGUUUAGGGCCAGGCUUUGUACCCGUUCAUUUGGGCGGUGGCAUAUCACCCUAUGACAGUGUUAAUUACAAUCAAAAUCUGGCACCACAACAUCCCGGGCCUCAGGGACCUUAUGGUCCUUUCUAUCAAAACGAUCCAUUCAAUCCUUAUGAACAGUACGACAUAAAUCCCAAUGGUAUACCACAAGGCAAACCCCCAGCACCAACUAGUCAAUCAGAUUUAUUCAAUAUUAUAGGAGCAGCUGGACCGGGCGGUAAACCAUCACAAGCCAAUUUGCCACAUCAUGUACGUAUCGAACAUAUCCUACAACAUUUACAACAAAAUGCUGCCAAUCAAAAUCAACACGUCAACAAUCAAGGACCCUAUGUGGCCAUACCUCAACAUGGUCAUGGUAAUAUUAGUGGUGCUGGUGGCCAUCAGCCGGGACUAGCUGGUGUGGGCGUACCGUCGCAUCAUGGUCAAUAUGUACCUGUGGUCCACAGUGGUUUACCACCACCACCACCUCCACAUGGCAUUGCUAUAGUCGAUGGCCAGCCAGUGCAAUAUGGUGGUUAUCCUGUUAUACCAGGCAUUGGUCCAGUGGCUACCCAUCAUACUACCAAUCAAUUUGCAUCGACUACCUCAUCAAAUGGCUUAGCUCCGCAAUCGACAGAACAUGCAGCCUCAAGUGCAUCAAAACCCAAGAAAACAGCUUUCAAUAAUCUACAACCUGAUAUUGAGGUGCAUACAUUGGAGGCUAUUGAUCCCCGAACUGUGCGGAUUGUAUUUACUGUGCCCCAGGUUUAUGUUAACUUACACGGUCGUGUUGAAUUACGUUAUAGCAAUGGCCCCGGUAACGAUACAUCGAAAUGGGAUCAACAAAUAUUUGCUCCCCCAGAAGACCUGAUAGCUACAUCACAAAUGGAAUUCGAUUUGCCUGGUUUGGAACCCAAUUCAUUGUACAAAAUCAAAAUCACUUUGAUUUUAAGAGAUUUGAACUCCCAGCCUACCAGCUCUGUCUACACAGUUAAGACACCUGCCGAAAGAACCAUUACACCACCACCACCAAUUUCCGAUUACAGACCAGACUUCCAGGAUGUCUUUAAGAAUGUCGAAGAUCCUGAAUUGAAUGUUAGUGAAACCAACUCCACGUGGUUGCACUUGACUUGGAAGAAAUUGUCGGACGAACAAAUGGAUUAUGUUGAUGGCAUUCAAUUGAGAUACAAGGAAUUGACCGGCAUGAUCUAUUCAUCCUCACCUCUGGUACAUCGUUCAUUGACCUCGUACACCAUUGAAAACUUGCAACCUGAUACGGGCUAUGAAAUCGGUUUAUACUAUAUACCCUUCCCCGGUCAUGGUGCUGAGUUGAGAGCUGGUCAUAUGAUUAAAGUGCGUACAGGGCCUAAGGUCGAUGUUUAUGCCUUUGAUGUCAUGGUUAAUGUUACUAAGAUCAAGGCCCAGAGUGUUGAAGUGUCUUGGAAUGGUGUACCAUAUCCAGAAGAUAAAUAUGUUAAUAUCUAUAGAGCUAUUUAUCAAAGUGAUUCGGGCAAGGAAGAUUCCAGUGUAUUCAAGGUGGCGAAGAGAGAUAGUACGACUGGUACAUUGAUAAUGGACUUGAAGCCUGGUACCAAAUAUCGCUUGUGGUUAGAGAUGUACAUGACCAAUGGCAAGAUAAAGAAGAGUAAUGUUGUUAACUUUAUUACUAAACCUGGCGGUAAUGCAGUACCUGGUAAAACUGGAAAACUUUUAACCGCUGGAGUUGAUCAACCUGUUGGCGAUUAUUAUGGUCCCCUAGUUGUUGUUUCGGUGGUAGCUGCUUUAGCUAUUAUGUCGACCUUGGUCCUACUGCUGAUAUUGACAAGAAGGCGUGUCCAUCAAACAGCUUCCAUAACACCACCACGUAAAAGUGAUGCUGCCUAUGACAAUCCCUCAUACAAAGUUGACAUACAACAAGAAACCAUGAAUCUGUAGCGGUUUUAAUUGUCUAAAGUAACCAAGUGAACUUAUUUUUUCUACUCAAAUGAUUACAAAACAGAAACGAAAACAAAUCCUAGUUGUGUAUUAGUAAUUAGGUUUCAAAACAGAUUAUUUUUUGUGUAAAUAUUUAAAAAAAAAAAACAAAACAAAAACAAAAGUAUAUAUAAAUAUAAAUUCCUUAACUAAAACGAUGAUAUACAUAUAAAACAAAAGAAAUUGGUUUAACCAUUUAUAAAGAAAAUAACGAAAAAUAUUUAAAACAAUAUAAAGUGCCAGAUUUAAUUUAAAAUCAGAAGAAAUGAAAUGAAAAACAGAAAAACUAUUUUAAAAAAUUGGCCUUAAUACAUGAUUAUUUUUUUAUUUUGGGAAAAAUUUAUAAAUUAUAUGAAAAGCCAUUAUUUAAAGUUGUAAUGAGAUGAUGUUGUAGUUUUUAAGUAUGAUUUUUUAUUUUUUUUUUAAUUUUUUCUUUAUUUUAUUAUUUUGUUUAUAAUUUUGUAUAUAAAAAGAAAACUGUACGUUUUAGUUGUCCAUUAAGAAAACAUUUCUAAUUUAAAUAUUCCUGUUAAAUUGUAAAGAUGAGUGUUUAAAUUAUUAAUGUUUUUAAAGAAGUAUUUUUAUUUUUUCCUUUUAUUUCCUUUUAUUAUUUUUCCUUCUUUUUUAUAUUAUUCAUGAAAGGCAUUGUAUAAUUUUUUAGCUUUACUUUUGCUUAGUUUUACAUAAAUAAAAACUAUUUUAAGUUAAAAAUAAAAAAAAAUAAAAUAAAAAUCAAAAA